AUGAAUUCUCCUUUGGUUAAUACCAAUUUUGAAGACAGCGGGUUUCAUGUGCCCUUAUUUAAACGUAAUAAAGAAAAAGCAAAAACGUUUACAAAUAAAAAUAUGAGUAGAAAUAUCCUAACAUGGAAUAAAUUGAUAUGUUCGCCAAAUAAUGAUAUAAAAAAAUAUAAAAAGUUUGAUUCAGAUAGUACUUCUAAGAAUAACUCACAUAAAGAACUCGUUAGAAAUGCAUACUUUCCCAGACGUAGUGGAGCUGCAUCAGUGUUAUAUAAAAAUUAUAUAUACAUUUUUGGGGGGUAUGGAUCUAAGGGGAAAAGAUUAAAUGACUUUUACAAAUACAAUAUUUUAGAAAAUAAAUGGACAGAAAUAUAUGAUAAAAAAUGUCCAUCUAGAAGGGAAAAUAACCCUGCUUUUUUAUAUAAAGACAAAAUGUAUAUAUUAGGAGGAUAUCAAGGGAAAGGAAUAUGGUUGAAUGAUUUCUAUUUUUUUGAUAUGAACACAGAAAAAUGGGAAAUGGUAAAGAUAAAAGAACAAAGCAACAUGUAUGCUCCACCAUCGUUAUUUGGUUUUUCUUUAGCUGUUCAUGAAUAUACAGGAAUAUUAUAUCUAUUUGGGGGAUAUGAUGGUAUAACCUUACAUAAUAAAAUGUAUGCAUUUCAUUUAUAUAAGGAGAAAUGGAUUCAUAUUAAACAAAGUGGUGAUAUACCUAGUCCUAGAGCUUGUACUAUUGGUCAUAUAUAUGAUGGUUAUUUCUACACAUUUGGAGGAUAUAAGGAAGAAAUAGAAGAAGAUGAUGAUGAUUUGAAUUAUUUUUAUCAGUAUCAUUUAGAAACGGGUAUAUGGACUAAAAUGAAAUAUAAUAUAAAUGAAACGACAAUAAGAAACCAUUUUUUGAAUAAUAAAAAGGACAUAAAUGGAAUAGACUGUUGCUGCUAUUAUAGUAAGAGAAGGAUACCCAUGGCAAGAUACUUUAUGGGUUCUUUUAUAUAUAAUGAAUGCAUAUAUAUAAUUGGAGGUUAUAAUAUACAUUCAUCUGAACGUCUAAACGAUUUUUACAAAUUUGAUAUAAAACAAAGGAUAUGGGAAAAAAUACUUACAAGGAAUAAUUUUUCAAAAAGAAGUAGUAUGAACAUUCAGUUUUAUAAAAAUGUUAUCUACUGUAUUGCUGGAUUUGAUGGUAAGAACUCUUUAAAUGAUGUAUAUGCACUAAGAUUAGAAAAUGUAUAUGUUGAAUCUUCUUCAUUAACUCAAACAUUUGCAUGUAUGGUUAACAAUUAUAAAUACUCGGAUAUUAUUCUGAUGGUACAAAAAAGGUAUAUUUAUGCUUGUAGAUCCAUUUUAUCAGCUAGAUGUUCAAGUUUUAAAUCCUUAUUCGAUUUACAUUUUUCAAAAGAUCGAACAACUGGAGGAAGUCCACCAUACAAUCAUCAUCUCAUUAUUCCAAUAAACGAUGUACAGUAUGACAUAUUUUUAAUUAUUAUAAAUUACCUUUAUACAGAUGAAUUAUCUUUGAAUUAUUCUCUUAAAACGUAUGAAAAAAUAUUAGUGACUUGUACAAAAUUCCAUAUAUUCCGCUUAAUGCAAUUAUGUGAACGAAUUAUUAGUAAUCAUACAAAUGAACAAAAUGUGCUAAAUAUUCUUCUGUUGAGUUAUAGAAAUAAUUGCAAACAAUUAUGUAAAUUUUGCAUAGAUUUUAUAACUGAUAAUAAGUUGAUGGACCAUGAAAAAAUUAAUAGACUGAUAACUGAGCCACAUUUAUUGGGGGAAAUUUAUAAAAAAUCGUUAUUCAUUUAG